AUGACUUCUCAUUUUGAUGUUUGUACAUUGCAGGUUAACAAUGCAGGGAUUAGUGGAGUUGUAAUUAAAGACAAUGAUUUAUUCACUUUAGCGGUCAUGAAUCGUGAAGUAAGUCUUAUUGCUUGUUCAUGUCAAAUUCAGAGUGUACCAAAUGGCUGGGCUAAAGUAAUCUGCAGUUAUGCUGAUAACCUUACAGAAGAGGGAGUGUUGAGGAAGUUUCUCGAUGAUUUCCAAGCAGCUUCAUUAGAAAACAAAGGGUGGCCUAAGACCCUAGGUGCCUAUAUUAUCUCUAAAGCUGCUAUGAAUUCCUCUACAAGAAUUCUUGCUAAGAAACACCCUACUAUGUGCAUCAAUAGUGCUUGCCCUGGUUGUGUCAAGACAGAUAUAACAGCAAAUACUGGCUUCUUAACAGUUGAAGAAGGUGCUGCUAGUCUUGUGAGGCUAGCACUACUUCCCAAUGGUGCUCCAUCUGGACUUUUCUAUUACCGGAGUGAAGUUUCUCUUGCUAAUGGGUUAAGUGAAGUGUAUAUAAGUAGGAGGAUGCAUGAAUCCAAUACUUUAAGUGAUACAAACAGUAUCACACAAGAAGGCAGAGGACGUAGAGUUAAGGGUGCUCCUACAUGGGCUAUUGAUUUUGUUAAACAGUAG